GAAGCGUCCGGGAGUCAUGGCCGCAGCAGGGUCCCAGCAGCUCCAGUUCGCAGAAGGCGCCGCUUUCCCCAUCUUCCCCGCCGCGCAUCCCGGAGGGCAGCUGCUCCCAGCCGUGCGCCCAGCCUCUGGGCUGCCCCCGGCGCCCCACGACUCUCGCGCUCCAGCAGCCACGCAGUGCUUUCCAAGCCGGGACCCCAGUCCCACAGCGCAGACCCCCGCCGGCCUGGAUCCGCCCGGACCCUCCAAAGGCUCGGCCGCCCCGUCGGCGCCGCAGCGCCGCAAGCGCACGUCGUUCAGCUCGGAGCAGCUGCAGUUGCUGGAGCUCGUCUUCCGACAGACCAUGUACCCAGACAUCCACUUGCGGGAGCGCCUGGCUGCGCUCACGCUGCUACCCGAGUCCAGGAUCCAGGUGUGGUUCCAGAACAGACGGGCCAAGUCCAGGCGCCAGAGUGGGAAGUCUUUUCAGCCCUUAUCCUCAAGGCGGGGAGUUUUUCUCCACUGCCCUGCUCCUGGGACUGAAGCUAGGUGUUUGAAGCCUCAGCUGCCCCUGGAGGCAGAUGUGAACCACGUUCCAGAUCCCAGCAUGGCCGGAGGAGGUGUCUGCACAUCUGGUUCUCAGAGUUUUGAAACUUAUUCGUCUCUCUCUGAAGAUAUUGGCUCAAAGUUGGACUCCUGGGAGGAGCACAUCUUUUCUGCCUUAGGUAACUUCUGAGAAUUCUGGGAGCAUUGAGGAUGCACUCAGGGAGAUCUGUGAGAUUCGAAGAAGAACACUCUCCUGGCUGGCCAUGGCCUUGGUUCUGGAUCAUCUCUCACAUUU